AAACCAACUGCUCGUCAAGAGAAUUUUUAAAAAGUUUACGUUUGAAGUCGUUAUUCGAGUACGUUACAGCAAUCAUUAUCAGAAAGAAGAUUUGGCGGGAUAUUAACGAUAAAAAUAGAACUGCAGUUUGAUGAAUCGAGUUUGUGUACUAAAUUAUCCAUGUGCUCGUAAAAUUAAAAGAGAUCUAUUGCUUUGUCUUUAGAUCUGAAGCUGACAACGUUUUUUCAUAGGCUUAGUAUUUUUUUAUUUAGCAAAAUGGAAGAUUUCAUUAAAAUAGAGAAAAUUGGUGAAGGAACUUACGGUGUGGUGUACAAAGGAAAAAACAAAGUGACCGGCCAGUUUGUGGCUAUGAAGAAAAUUAGAUUAGAAGCAGACGAUGAAGGCAUACCCUCCACCGCGAUCAGAGAAAUAUCCCUACUGAAAGAACUGAACCACCCAAAUAUUGUGAAGCUAGAAGAUGUACUUAUGGAGGAGUCCCGACUGUUCCUCAUUUUCGAGUUCCUCUCCAUGGACCUCAAGAAGUACAUGGACUCACUUGGCUCCGGGAGGUUGAUGAGCCUUAACAUAGUGAAGAGCUACCUAUACCAGAUCAACAGUGCCAUCCUGUACUGCCACCAGCGAAGGAUCCUCCACCGUGACUUGAAACCACAGAAUCUGCUCAUUGACCAAACUGGCAUCAUAAAGGUAGCGGAUUUCGGGUUAGGACGCGCGUUCGGCGUGCCAGUGCGCGUGUACACGCACGAGGUCGUCACGCUGUGGUACCGCGCGCCCGAGGUGCUACUGGGCAGCCAGAGGUAUUCCUGCCCAGUCGACAUGUGGUCGGUGGGCUGCAUCUUCUCCGAGAUGUCCUCCAAGAAGCCUCUGUUCCAGGGCGACUCUGAAAUCGACCAGCUCUUCAGGAUCUUCAGGAUGCUCCGUACGCCGACGGAGGAGAUCUGGCCCGGCGUGACGUCGCUACCGGACUACAAGCCCACAUUCCCCAACUGGAACACAUUCAACCUGCACAACCACGUGCAGAACCUGGACGAGGUGGGCAUGGACCUGCUGCGCAAGAUGCUAGUGUACGACCCCAUGAAGCGCAUCAGCGCCAAGGACGCGCGCCGCCACCGCUACUUCCGCGACGUGCGCCUGCCGCCCGGCCUGCCGCGCGACACGCCCGUCAUCCGCUCCGGCGAGCCGGUCGCCGUCGCUUAGCACUGACGAUAUCACCAAUGUGUAUGGCCAGCUUUACGGCCCAGCCACGACAUUGGUCUAAACGCGACAGCUGUGAGCGGCUGGCCUACGUGCGAAUGAAGUCCCAUCGCUGUGUCUCGCUCCAAUGUAUGGCUGUCGCGCUUAGACCGAUGUCGUGGCUGAGCCGUUAGUGUCGCGCGGAGCGAUCCGCAACUAAGAGUCUUCGGGAGCUGACGCGGAUUACCCGGAACGGACGCCUUUCUAAUAAGAAAUUGUAUGAAUAGCAUUUAAAUGGCGCGGGCGCGUGCGACAGACUUUACAUAUUGGCGUCCUCGCCAGCUAGCGGGAAUAGUGGCGGAAAUGUGGUCCUCCGGGCGGACCCGUCCGCUUUACUUAAAACGCUCCCUGAACUUAUUAGUUUCCUACUUAGUAACAUAUUAGUCCGGUCCGGAUCGGUCCGUGUGACACUAAUACUGGCCUAUGGAACGAGUGGCCUUCUGAAUGUAGUGUCGUCUAGCCUAAUGGUGUAUUCUCUGAGUGUAGGUUUUUACGGUUUCGGCCCGAAGGAAAUAUCCUGUACUGAGUAAAAAAAUAUCCUGUGAUGUGAGCAGUCGCUAAAACGUAUAUGUAACUUUUAAGCUGUUUCACGAACCCUCGUGUGUUUAUCUAUCCUUUCCCUAAAGAGCUGUCAUUAUAACUAGUAGUGCCUCACAUAAUGAUUAACUAUAAGGAUGAAUUGAAUACAUAUUAUAAAACUACGGUUAAUACACUAGAUUACCUACUAUUAUUUUUACCUAUACUAAGUAUACCUAAUAGAAAUUCGAAUUGUAAUAUUGACAAUGUGACGUGUAAAUUAUUAUUUUAUGAAUAAGUUACUGACGUUGAAAGAUAUCGGUAAUCGGUAAAGAUAUGCGUUUUAGUCGAUAUAUUAACGAUUUUUGGAUAUUUUUCUGACUUAUUCCGGCCGAAACCUUUGUAAUGUUAAUUUAUAGUAAUAAAUUAGGGUGGUUUUGUUAGCUGUGCGCUAUUUCUCGAAGCCUGGAGUCUGGUACGCAGGCGUGUGUAUAUCAGCGACCGGUAUUAAUAAUUCAACAUUGUGUGUUUACUAGUAGUGAUCGGUAACAAUUUUUUAAUUUCACGGCAGCGUAGUCGCGUCAAAGUGAAGGCAAAAUGUUAAAAAUUCUUAUAAAUUAUAAAGGUUAUAAUUUCACCUGAGUUUUACUUUAUGGAUUUCGUUAACUCAACAACUCUGCCAUGAAAUUAAAAUACUGGCCACUACUUAUUAGCGAAUUAUGUGCCAAAGUGUGUAAACAUCGACCCUGUACACUCGAGAGAAAUGAAAAGGGGUUAGUCUAGAAUUAAAAACCUCUUUUUAUUUUCCUUUAGUCUUAUAGUGGUAAUUAUUGUCAGUUAUUCCGUUGGCCAAAUAUUUUGAAAUUUUUAAAGCUAUUACUAUUUACCUAAACUAAUCUAUCAAUUUGUCUAUAAAGCAAGAAAUUAAAUGCCAUAAUUGAUAUUUCUUCCUAUAGGCCCUAUAGGUAAAUUAACUAUAUAGAAGUUUUUUUCAUCGGGGGAAAACUGGCAUUCAAUUAAUUAUUGUAUCCGGUCGCUGUUUCUUUAUUAUGUUAUUCAAAUUAUGGAAUGAAAUGCAUUUUUUAAGAAAUAAGAUUGAUUUAAUUUGACGGUAAUUGUAAUAUACUGUAAUAAUA